UGCUGAUUGUGAUUGCACACACACAUACACACAGACACACACACACACACACAUGCACCCACACAGAGCGUUGCUGAGAGGCAAGGACUGCACCAGCAUGCGCCAACCGCGGCUGAGCUGCUCGCGAGCAUGAGAAAGGCGAACCGAGGCGACAAUGUUGUGCGUUGUCUCACGUCAGCAUGCAUCAUUGCAGCGGUGGCAAUGAUGCAUUUCAAGAGCAGAUAGCUUAUGUUAUCCGGCCUCCUCUGCACUGCCUCUGCAUCCUGUUCGCCCUGCUCCUCCCACUCUCUUCCUCCUCUCUUCCUCCUCCUCAUCCUCCUCCCGUCGACUGCUUCACUAGACAGGACUAUAGAUUGACCGGGACAAGCGAGCGCUGGAUGAUCAGGUUUGCGCCGGCUGAAAGAUUUCUCUGUGGCGAUGCUACACUUACAUCUUCACCGAUUCCUGGAUUUUAAUUGACACGUGAGGCAAGAAGAUAACUCGCCACCUGCAGGAUAUCUUGGAUGUGUGUGUGUCACUCCUAGCCAGCAGUUGCCAUUGGCUCAUUUCCUUGUUUUUGCUGGUUGUUUUUGCCUUUCCUGGCUAGCAGGCACUGCAGCAUCAGGACCGCAAGACCAAUGAAGUAGUAGGGCAUGUGGACCCAGGGCAAUCCGAACUAAGGGCUUCAGUGCAUCCAUUGCUACCACUGCUUAUCUUGAUUUUUUUUUUUCCGGCCAGAAAAAGAGUGUCUGGUGGGGGUGGGUGGUGAGAGCACAGGUAUCCGGGCCCCUGCAGAGGCGAAUAGAGCAGGGUGGCUCGUGCGUCGAAGAAGCAAGCAGGACGUCCUGUGGGAAAGGGGCGGCUCAAGCAUUGGCCUCCUGAUGGUGGCUAUUUUUGUCUCCCCUAGCUGAGUGACUGGGACAGCAGGUGGAAGAGAAGAUGCUUAUGGCCCGAGACACGGCGCGAGAUGAGGCUCAAAAGCUACACAGGAAGUGGCUGAAGCACCAGGCCUUUAUGGCAGAACUGGCCCGUAACAAGGAAUGGCUGGCCAAGAUAGAACAGGAGGGCCAGGGGCUGAUCCAGGAGAAGCCAGAGCUACGCACGGUUGUGCAGCAGAAGCUCGAAGAGAUCAGGGAGUGCUGGUGUGACUUGGAGACCACAACCAAAGCCAAGGCUCGUCAGCUCUUUGAAAACAACAAGCCGGAGCCGGUAGUAAAAAGCUACUCAGACCUUGACAACCAGCUGUCCCACUUGGAGCAACAGCCCCCCCAACUAGAGCAGGCACAUCAUCUGCCCACAUUCAAUGAGCAGCUCCAGAAAUUCCAGGCAAUGGAGUCUAAGUUCGGGGAUAUCUACAAGGGUGUGGAGGAACUGGGUAACUUGCAGGGGGUUUGCCUUCCCCAGCGAGGUCUGAUGGCAGGUGACAAGGAGGGUGGUGAGCAAUCGGGCAUGGUGGAGACCCGCAUCGUUCGCCUCAUUGAGCCUCUGAAGGAGCGACGCCGCAUCCUGCUUGCUUCCAAAGAGAUGCACCAAGUCGCUCAAGACCUGGAAGACGAAAUGCUUUGGAUUCAAGAGAGGCUUCCCCUGGCAUCAUGUAAGGAAUAUGGGAAUAAUCUCCAGAGUGUGCAGCAGCAUGUAAAAAAGAACCAGACUCUCCAGAGGGAGCUGGCAGGCCGGCGGGCGCGUGUUGAGGAGGUUCUGGACAGGGCGGGAAUUAUCGCAUCACUACGCACUCCCGAAGUGGAAUUUGUGCGUGAAGGGGCCGGCCAUGUGCGACAACUGUGGGAGGUGUUGCAGCUGGAGUUGGAAAGGAGAUCUGUGAUGCUGGAUGCAGCACUGCAGGCUCAACAAUACUACAGUGAGGCAGCCAAAGUGGAAUCCUGGUUAUCAGGUCAAAAACUCCAGCAGGCCAAUGACGAAAAAGGCACGGAUGAGGCGAGCACCCUGCAACUGUUGAAGACUCACCUGGCUUUGGAGCAAACAGUGGAAACAUAUGCUGAGACUGUUGGCAUGCUGUCCCAGCAAUGCCAGCAGCUGCUCGAGCUUGGACACCCAGAGAGUGAGCAAAUCACCAAGCAGCAGUCCCACAUAGACAGACUGUACGUUUCUUUGAAAGACAUGGUGGAGCACAGAAAGAUCAAGCUGGAACAGCAGUACUGGCUUUAUCAACUCAAUAAAGAUGUCGAAGAAUUAGAGAAAUGGAUCACGGAGCGUGAGACUGUGGCAAGUUCAACCGAUCUUGGCCAAGAUCUGGAGCAUGUGACGAUGCUCCAAGAAAAGUUCACCAAAUUUGCCUCCGAAACAAACAACAUUGGCCAGCAGCGGAUGGAGCAGGUGAACAAAAUGGUGAAUGAAAUGAUCGACUGUGGCCAUUCGGAUGCAGCCACCAUCGCUGAGUGGAAGGAUGGAUUGAACGAGUCCUGGGCCGACCUCCUGGAGUUGAUGGAGACCCGCAGACAGAUGCUGGCGGCAUCCAACCAGCUCCACAAGUUUUUCACUGACUGUAAAGAGGUUUUGGCUCAGAUCGCAGGGAAGACGAAGCAGCUGCCAGAGGUGAGGGCAUGCCAAGCCAACAUCACCAAUCCAGCCACCCUGCAGAGACUCAUGCACUCUUUUGAGCAUGCCCUUCAACUGUUAGUUACACAGGUACGACAGCUACAGGAGAACGCUGCGCAGCUGCGUACUAUUUAUGCUGGCGAGAAGGCUGAGGCCAUAAUGGUAAAAGAGCACGAAGUGAUGGAAGCUUGGAAGGAACUCUUAAGCUCGUGCGAGGCCAGUCGUGUGCAGGUCACCUCAGUGACAGACAAGGUGCAGUUCUUCUCAGUGGUGCGCGAAAAUCUCAUGUGGAUGGAAGGCAUUAUGGGCCAGAUUGGAUGGGACGAGCCCAGGGAUUUGACUGCAUUGGAGGUCAUGAUGAAACAACACCAUGAGUUGAAAGUCAAAAUAGAUGGCCGGAGCAAAACUAUUCAGCAGUGUGCAGAUCUCGGCAAGAUCCUUAUAGCUGCCGGAAACCCCGCAUCAGAGGAGAUUAAAGAGAAUUUGGAUGCCCUUUUGGCCAAGCAGAAGGAUCUUGGGGAGAAAUGGGACAAACACCAGGAACGGUUGCAGCACAAGCAUGAGCGAUUCCAGUUCGCCCAGGAAACGGUGAGGGCUGAAGCCUGGCUGAAGGCCAAGGAGCCUCCGAUCACCUCCAAGCAGCCAGAAGGGAGCCAGACCCAAGCCCAAACCGAUGAGGUUGAGCAGCUCAUCCUUCGCCAUGAAGCGUUCCGCAAGGCUGCUGUCACCUGGAAAGAACGCUUCAGUUCUCUCCGACAACUUUCCGCAGCAGAGAAGAAAAAAGAGGAAGACAAAAAGACACCGCUCGCCAGUCGUAGGAUGUUCCCGCUAUCUUGUCUGACUCCGAGCGGUCCCUCAUUCGGUUCAGCUCCAUCUUUCAUGAAGCAGAUGGUACACGCCCAAAUAGAGCCCACCCCCUUACAGACAAGCGUGGAACCAGCUGCCCCUUCUGCACACCAGAGAUUGUCCUCAUCGCUCGCCAGCUACAACCCGGUCCUAAAUGGAUCGGGCUAUCACGGGCUGGAGCCUCAAUGUAGUGGAAAGUUGGUGAACCCCUCGUAUCUUGGCAUGAACCACCAGGCCAUUGGAGGUGGGAGUGACUCUGCUUUUUCAGUUCUGACUUCUCACUGUGGAGGACAGGACACUUCUACUUACCCUGGAAUAAACAAUCAAACAACUGAUAGUGCUGAGAGUUCUGGUUACUUUGGACUGCCUGCGGGUUGCGUGGGUGGCUCCGGCUAUGCCAUGCAAAGCCAUCCAGGCAGUGGCAGGUUAGGAAGUUCGGGUAACCUAGCUCAGGAGCAAAGCAGUGGCCCGAUGGGAAGCCCUGGGAUUUUCCAGCAUCAGCAUAUGGGAAGUUCUGGAUAUUUGACACAACAAAAUAUGGGAAGUUCCGGUUUCUUUACACAACCUCAAAAUAUGGGGAGUUCAGGAUAUUUGGGACAGCAGCCCAAUUUAGGGAGUUCAGGAUAUUUGGCCCCGCAACCAAAUUUGGGGAGUUCAGGAUAUCUUGCUCAGAAUUACCACAGCACUGGAGGAAUGGGUAGCUCAAGCUAUCUUGCACAAAAUCAUUACAGCAGUGGAAGUCUCGGCAGUUCGGGUUACCUGGCGCCAAGUGGUGGCAUCAUGGACCCAAAAAUGGCUUAUGCGUGGCAACACUUGAAAGCGGACUUCAUGCAACCCGGGAUCAAUCACAUCCACAAGGCUGUAAACCCGCUCCUCGAAGCCACGAGAGUACAAAGGGAACAGUAUGGCGAUAUCCCGAUGGCAGACAUGAUGGGCCCAGAAUCAGGACUGGACCUACUCCACGGUCGUCUCCAGAGGGAUCCCCGUGGCAGUCGCUCAGACCCUCAGAUGGACCACCUGAGGCGAGAGAGGGAGUACAAACUGGGUAGACAAACCUCCAGCGAGCAGGAGAUCCAAGCCAGGCUGAACGAGCUUCCGAUGAUUGUGCGUCAGGAGAGGUAUCGAAGACGCUUGGAGAGGCAGUCAUCCAGUGAACAGGAAGGGAGUGGCAAGCAGAGGCUGCAACGGCGAGACUCAAGUGACCUGGAGGGAUCUGUUAAAGACGGCUCCGACAAACGCUCACUGGAAAAGAGAUCUACUAUGGCGGAGAUUGUAGAACAAGUACAGGAGAGAGAAGCAGCGAAUGCCAGAGGAGAGCCUUAUCGACCUCCAAGCAGUCUCUCGGCUCCGGUGACACGUUUUGACGGUCGCCCUCGUGCUCGAGAUCGACCCAAACCAAGGAGGAGGCCUCGUCCGAAAGAACCAGAGGAAAGUCGCCGCUCUCGAUCAGCUCCAGCUACCGGCGCCCCGACGACACCCCAGCCACCUUCACACACAGCGCACAAUGAAGGAUUCCUGUAUCGUAAAAAGGCCAGCAGCUCUGAUCUUGAAGCUCAGCAGAGAAGCCCCACCAGCAAAUCCUGGGUUAAUGUCUACUGCGUGCUAAAAGAGGGCAAGCUGACCUUCUACAAGGACGCCAGAAACCACAACACAACAUACAAUGGAGAACCAUCUGUUGACCUUUCCAACUGCUCUUUUGAUCCUUCGUUGGGAUACAAGAAAAAGAAGAAUGUUUUCAUUGUUCAAGUCAACGAUGGAAAUAAUUUAUUAGUAUUUCAUGCAAAAGAUGAGGAGGAUCUGAAGGCUUGGACUUCUAACAUCACCACCUGUAUAUCUGAGCAUGAGGCCAUGGCCAUGUGGGACAAGCCCGGCACAUCUGGCAUGGACCAUGACCGUUCGGAGAGGAAGGAGAGGUCGGAGGGCGAUGCAGACGCCAGGUCGGAGAGAUCGGAGCUCGUCGGUGAGGAGAGAUCUGAGAAGGAGAGGUCAGAGAAAGGGGAUGGCUCAGACAAGUUAGACACAUCAGAAAUUGCUGACAAGCUGGAGGGUGGAGCUGGGGGCUCCAGCACAUCUGGAAAGAGCAAAUGAAGAGCCUACUUAUGUUUCGGUUUUAGUCACUGACAAUUGGUGGUUGUAUGAAUGGGAAGCAUGUUUGCAGAGCCCCAAUCACAGAGCCGGAGGUUACCGGCCAUGGACAAGACUAUUGUAACUCAUCUCUCAGCCAACCUCUCCACGUCACCGACUGCAAUGCUUCGGUGAUUGUAUUGAGCCACCUGCUGGUGGGGGGUUGUCAUUGUUUAAUCUCUUGGUUUCAUCUUUCGAUAUAUUUCAGUGACUGAUGAUACCAUGUCGAUCUCUCUAUCUGUCCAUCCGUCUCGACGCACCUGAAAAAGAGGUGAAUGAAGUGUUCACAACAAUGAAAAACUUUUUAAGCAAUAUACUUUUUUUAAGUUAUUCUAUCUUGUAGUGAGAGAUAAAAGCAAAUGAAACAUGAAGUAGUGGCAAAUGUGACGAUUCGGUCUGAAUUCUCAUUCAUACACAGUUACCCCGGUCUUGCACCUUAGAUGCUUAAAACAUACGAAAUCUUGAAGACAUGUAAUCCCACCUCAUGGUAAUAUCAUAGAUCAUGUUAUUAUAAUGGAAUGUUGGUGUUAGCCACCAAGCUUUUUUUUGGGGGGGGGGGAGUAGUGAAAUUCAAAUUAUUUUUUUGAUCCAUGUCCUGAAGAAAAGAAAAAAAAGAACAACAAAAAAGGGAGCUGUCUAUGAAAUGCUCUCGGUGACACGAUUUGACAUAAUGCCUUUGUACACAAAAUCUGAACACUGCAUGAAAUCUAAUAGUCUCUUAGUGCGCUUGUUUGACUUUGUUUUUUUAUGUUCUUGAAAUUGUUUGGGGAAACUGCAAUAAUUUAGUGUCAGGAAAUCAUUUUGCAAUCAUGGUUCACAAAAGUAGGGUUGUCUUCCAUCCACAGUUAUGACUACUCCUUGAUCAGCUUUUUGAAUGACAGGAAAGUGCCCCUAGACUCCUGCGCCCCACCCUUUUUUUUUUGUUCGAUAUCCUUAUCAUUUAUUUCCCAACAGAAUUUGACAUUGUGUCUGGAGAAAAAAAAAUGAAGUGAGGGAGAAGCUCUCUGUACCCUUGCGUAUUUUGUUUUCAAAUCCAGAUUGUCAAUUUACCAACAGUGAGUUCAAAUGCAAAUCUGUUCAAAGUCAUGAAUUGUAUAUACCUAUCUUUGUGUGUAUAUCAAUAAACCCUGUGUGCUAAUAAAACAGUACACUAAAGUGAAAUGAGUAAAAAGUAAAACAUUUAUAUUAAUCCACUUAAGUCAAAUUUAAAAAAUACAUUUAAUGGAAAAUAUGCAAAUUAGAAGUCACGAAUGAAUUACACAGCAUAUAUUAAGUACACUAAUAUCUAGUUGUCUUUUACCAGGGGAAAGCAGCAGGGAAUACUUCAAAUACGCUUGUAUUUUUAUAUUCCUAUGUUUCUUGUAUUGGCCCACAGCCCAAAUAAGAUCAUCUCGAGCUGAUUGAGUUGUCAGCGUGUUUGUGAGCAGCGUGUUCAAUGUGUGUAUUAUCAACAUGUGUAUGUUUGAGAAAUUAUUGGUGGCGAGCAGAGUUCUGUGAGAUUACCAGACGCACACUUCAUUCUUUUACGUGUUUGAGAAAAAUAGAAUCUAAAUGUGAACAACGUGGCCAUUUAUGACGUGCAUAAAUUCCUGAAAAUAUGUGUGCAUUCAUCUGCAGUUACAGCUGGAGGCAUUCUGUAAAUGUCAAGUUGAAGUUUCCCAUUUUCUCAUCGUUGCACCUUACACACACACACACACACACACACACACACACACAUAUAUAUAUAUAUAUAUAUAUAUAUAUAUAUAUAUAUAUAUAUAUAUACAUGGUAUAUACUGUAUAUAUUCAAAUAGUCUUCCUUUCUUUGUGAACACCAAAAGAUACUUUCCAAUUCAGUGGUAUUGGGUUACCCACCUGAGGAAUGUAGUGACAACGUACUGCCCUUCUGCAGCCUCCAAAUUAUUCAAACAAGAAUAGAUGAGCAACCGUAUUUUACGAUGUGAAUGUUAUUUUCCUGUCACCGGUUUAACAUAAGUGCCAUGUCAUAAGGUUUGAUGAAAGAGCACUAAAGAAGACCGGUGAUUCUUGAAUUGAACUGAAUUGCAACACGCGGUUUUAUCAAUCGCGUGGGAGCUACAAAACUUUCAUGUGGACGUAGUCGCACCAUUCAGUCUGACAUGUUUGCUCUCCAUUACUUUUAUGAAGCACGCUGGGGACUUCUUUUUUUUUUUUGGUUGUUUUUCUUCCACCAUGUUUUGAGCAACCCAGCUAAAGAGACAGCACAAACUGUGACUGACGAGAAAAAAAAUGCAAACAUUGUUUCCUUCAUUGAUGGUCUUCAAGUGUGUAUGUCUUUGUUACUUUACAUUCAAACCUGCUGCUAAGACAUGAAUAAACCUCUGAACUUGCUGAUGCUAACGUGA